AUGAUAGGAUCACUUGAUGACGAUGAUAAUGACCUGAGUCAGUUGUUUCCCCCGUCCAUAAUUAGUCCUGGAUCCUCUCCCCGAUAUUUACCUGAUCACGAAUAUGAGAGUGAUGAAGAACCGGAGUAUCGCGCAUCCACACACAAUCCUUUACACACCCCUAGGCAUUUUGGCGUUCCCCUCCUACAUGGUGGAGGGGCUCUAUCAGGAAGAGCUCUAUUCAACAGACCAGCUACUUUGGUUUCCCCGGGAGCUGAAAUCUCAAGGCCCAGUUUAAAAAUCCCACGAGUCUUUGGCCUACUUGAUAAAACUGGCACAAUCACGCCACAAUUAGAAAAGUCGACUACAACUUCUAGAACAGAUUCAAAGAUAGAUUGGAGCGAAAGAGUCAAGGAUGCGGAAGCACUUUUGAAACUGGCUCCUACAGUCACUCAAAAAACAAAGAAUCAAAAAUUACAAAAAUUGGCGGAAUCAACUUUUUUUUAUGAUUUUAUUGCGAAUUUAAUACUCAUGAAAGAGAAUAUUGGAGGCUCCAUGAGAAACUUUCCAUCAACCUGUGGUGGAGUUUCUUCAUGUAAGCAAAACAUCAAAAGUAUGCUCGAAGUACUAGAAGAAGACUAUUUGGAAUUCAGAGAACGGGUUUGGAUUUUAGGACUCUUGAAGGGUAUUCAGCCCAAACUCUCAAUACAAGAUGGCACGCUUAUACAUUCAAGUUUCCAAGACGGUUCUCUUUCUCGGGGAGAGUUUGAGCUCUUGCUGAACCAAAGUGCGAAUUUGGCGGCUAGUGCAAUACAACUUUGGAAGGAGGAUGGAAAUCAAAUUGAAGAAGAUCCGAUGAUAUUGGAAUCAUUUGAAAGAGUGGAAUUAUAUCUAAAACUUUAUGAAUAUCUCAAAGCAACCAAAUCCCAAAAAAACAGUCCUGAAUUCAUCACAAUUUAUAACACUUUGUGUCAGGCAAGUGGCCCAAUUCCAAAAGAGAACCUCUUGGUUUUGGUUAAAAAAUGUCAGCUUCAAAUGGUACAUGAAGAUAUUACAGAGGUUGAAAUAAUACCUAUAUACCAUAUCAUGAAACAUCUCCAAAAACACUAUAAAGAAGUCAUAAAAAAUCUGGGAGAUGAAAUUGUCAUUGAUCCUAUCUUUGAGUCUAUGUAUGCAUCAUUAAAAGAAGACUUUGAGUAUCAAGAGAAAGUUCAACUGGAUGUCAAAGCAUUUUUUGGUAAAGGAAAUGGAGAUCUUUACAUGGAAAACCUUGUCGCACCGUUCAUUGGAUGUUCAAAAGUGGACUUGAAGCACUAUGAUUAUGUAUUGAAUUCCUUGAGAGCUUAUGAAGAUGAACUGGGAAAAUCGAAUCCUCAAGAUGCCCACAAGAUCACAAGAUAUAUUGGAGAUAAACAAGAGAUUAUUAGGAUCUUGAGCAAAGCCUCGGAUCAUAUAGAAGGAGCCAAGGAAUACAUGAAUCAGCAUAUUCCAGCACUUGACAACUUGAGCAAAUCAGAUCCCGAAUAUCUUCACAAGACCACUAUAUAUACGAGCAAUGACAAUGAUGCUAUUGGCGCCGUGCGCAAAGCUUCAGAUAACAUAGAUGGUGCCAGAAAGUUGAUGAAACCAGAGAGCCCAACACUUGCUAAUGAUCAUAUGGACUGUGAUUCAAACCAUGUAUCCCAAGUUGAAAACAAAGGAGAAGACAAGGAAGAAACAUGCUCAAUAUGCUUACAAGAUUUUCUCGAUGGACAAUGUCUUCUGAAAUUAGACUGUUCUGAAAAACAUCUUUAUCACAGAGAAUGCCUCGAGGUAAGAUAUUCUGAUCAUUUAUACAAAUACUUUCAUCUUUAUAUGUGGACAUCACCAUUGAUUCUUAACCUGUGA